ACGUGACAGCUAUUCUAACACUUUGCUCGCUUCCACCCAAAAACGUCGACCGGAAAAAGAUUUCCCUGUUGAACGCAAGGAACGCCUGUCAUAUUUGGAUCAUUCAUCGACCUCUCGAACACGAACAACAAAAAUCUCGUGGAAGGAGAAAGGAGAACGUAAAUCCCCGCAAAAUGCCCUAUAUUCUGAUAAGCACACGGAUCAGAUUGGAACUGGGUCCAACCCUAUGUGGAGACGAAUGGAGUGAUCCAGAACUCAUGGCUUUGCUGGAUGCUGAGCUCGUUCACCAGUUUGGAAAUAACUUCAAGGAAUAUUUAUCAAAACACCCACCCAGGGUUGUUUUGAACAAAUUGGGAAAAAUUGGAUACAAAGUGAUUUCUUCCACUGGAAUUGGACAGACCAUUGUUUGGACUUUAUUCAAGCCCGAUGAAGACCAAUAAGAUACAACAUGUCCAAUAUACCGCAAUCAAGCAAGAGACAAACUCUUUACUUUCCCUGGAAUAAUGUUUGCUUACCCAGUAAUGUCUGUUUGCUAUCUGUUAUUAGGCAUAGUGCACAGUGCCAGCACUUUAAUAGCUAAAAAAACAGGCCAAGCAAUGUUUCGCUGCUUAUUCACGAUAUUUUUAUCUUCUCAGAGUUGUUUUCUUAGUUUUGUUUAUUUAAAAAGCAAGUCUCUAUGUAGAAAUGAAUGUGUACUAUAAAAAAAUGAAAAUAAAA